AUGCAAGGCAAGCGCGGAGCGUUUGUCGGGAGAGACAUCGUUCCAUGCUGGAUUGCGGACAUGGAUUUCGAGGCGCCCCGUCCCGUCGUGGACGCGGUGGUGGCGCGGGCAAAGCACGGCAUCUACGGAUAUACGGACGCGUCUGCGGAGCUUGAGGACUUGACCCUUCGAAGGCUCAAGACGCUCUACGGCAGCACCGAGACGCCCGAUCGCUCAUGGCUGCGCUGGCUCCCCGGGCUGCUGCCGGGCUUGCACCAUGCCGUGCGCGCAGCCUGCCAGUCCCGCGAGGACCGCGUCGUCUUGCUCACGCCGCUGUACCCGCCGUUCCUCGCUGCCGUCGAGCGCAACGGCGCCACCCUUGUUCAGAUCCCGCUCAUCGACUCAGGCGCAUCGUCUAUCGAGAUUCG